GACGCCGAUAACUUUUCCUAAACGGCGAUUAUCCUCGGCGAUUUCGACGAGCAACUGAGUUUAAAGCAUCAGUGAACACAAAGAACCAAAAUCACCCAGAACACAACACAACAUGGACUCGCUUCCCGUGAACAACAAGACGGCCGGUGAACCUGAGAGUGCAUACAACAACACACUUGAAACUGGUGCUGGUUUGACUCAGAACUUCGCACCAGUCAAGAGGAUAUGUGCUCACCUCAACGCCUUUCACGCAUAUGCCCACGACCCCAAGCGCGAUGCAGUCGAAGCAAACCACUACUGCGCGCACUUGAACGAUGAAGUACGCCAAUGCAUUCUUUACGACUCUCCCGAAAAAGGCGCCCGAAUCAUCGGCAUCGAAUACAUGAUCUCUCCCAAACUCUACUCAACCCUCGACGCCGAAGAGCAAAAGCUCUGGCACUCUCACGUCUUCGAAGUAAAAUCCGGAAUGCUGAUCAUGCCGCGUCCAACAGGCGUGCCAGAAGCCGCAUGGGAAGUAGCCGAAAACAAGGAGAUGGAAGAAGUUGUGGAAUUAUACGGCAAGAUCUACCAUCUCUGGCAGACAGAUCGUGGCGACAAGUUACCGCUGGGGCCACCGCAGUUGAUGACGAGCUAUACGGCCGCGGAUCAGAUGCCGGAUUUUGAGAAGAGGUUGAAGGAGAGGGAUCAGCGGUUUGAUAGCGACUAUCAGAGGAAGAAGGGGGUGAGGGAGUAUAUUGAGGUGCCGAAGAUUCAUGAGAAUGUUGAUGCGACGUGGGCGAAGGGAGGUGUUGGUCAUUAGACGAGCGCUGAUGCAGGGGAAGGUGGGGGGUAGGCAAGAACUGCAUGUAACAUGGGCGAGUCAGAGCUAUUUCGCUGAAUCAAUAUUAAGUUAUGCUAAAGCUACACAAUACUAAGUACAUAGGUAAGAAUCAACAUGCUGCUGAAGAAAACAAUGUAGCGAAC